AUGACAACAAGUUUUUUAUUAGAUAACUCAGAUAGAAAUAGACCACCUCUAUUGCUACCUUCUUUAUCGUCAUCACACAAUUAUAAUAAUAUCCCCAUUGGACCUAUUGGCCCCAUUGCCCCAAUUAUCACAACUACUUAUGAUAAUACAUCGUCUGUUAUUAAUACAGCUGUAACUAAUAUCAAUAUACUUACCGACAACAUUAAAACGGAUAAUCCAAUUGUUUCCAACAAUCCAUUGGAUAAUUUGGCAAGAUUGGCAACUAACAUACCAAGGUUGUCAAUGACUAACGAGGGUUCCAUCAUAAAUAAACCUGCCGAUUCUAACAAUACCACAUCAACCUCUCCUUCAAAUAAUGGGAUUCCCACUAACGCAACUACCACAACCACCAAAAGAAAAAAGAAAAGAACCAAAAUACUGUCUAAUGACGAUAUCCUUACUCCGCCACCAACCAAACCAGGUACACCAUCAACAUCAAUAGAUACCAAUAAUUCCUAUUCUAUGAACAACCACAAUAAUAAUAAUAGCAAUAAUGGUGUUGUCAUGGCUUCUACAGGAAGAAACUCAUAUCCUUCUAAAUAUUAUGAAAAAUUGGCUGAACAACAAGGCACCUCAUCGAAGAAACGCCAAAGAAUUGGUCCAAGUUGCGAUAAAUGCCGUCUCAAAAAAAUUAAGUGCAAUGCAUCCAUAGAGAUCAUCCUAAAGGAUUCAAGAAUCGUGGGGAUGUUUAAUGAACAUCUACAUUAUACCUUAACAGAUCAAGAUAUUGAAAUGUUCAAUAAAAACUGGAGUCACCUAUUUGGUGUCAAAUUACCUUACACCAUUUGUAAUAUACCAAUAACAAAAUCCAACAAUAAAUGUAAUAAUAACUCCUCUUUUUCUUCCUCCCCUUCUCCAACCGCCGCUGCAAGUGAUGAUAGCCCCAGUACUACUCAAGAACCCGAAUAUCAAGUCGUUGUUAAACACUUGGAUAAACUAAUAAUUUUCCAGUCUUGCACAUCAUGUAAUAAGAGGAAAUAUAAAAAUUCCGAAUCUGGUCCAACAUCAUGUAAGUUUGCAAGAGGGUUUUCACGUCCUGAUAUAAACCAAUUCAACAAGAUUAAAAUCCAUAUGAUAUCACAAACCUCCUCUGCUUCCUCUUCAAACCCUUCCAUGCAUAAAAACAUGCCAAUUUACGACUUAACAAUUAAUGAUUAUCAAAAUGCAGGCUUCCAAUUGAUACCAUUGCAAUAA